UUUGUCUAGUUAAUCAGCAAUUCAGCCGGCCUGCGCAGGACACAACUCUGCUGUAAUAAUUUUUACCAUCUUGUCCAUUGUGUGUUGCUCGGCAUAACGCUCUUUGUAUUCGCCUGCUGUUGUUUACCAGGCCCCCCGGCGCGCGCCGUCCCGAUUUCCUUCUCCGUUUUCAACGUCACCGCUCGAAUCGCUUCGAGUGCAUUUGGGGUCCGCCGACUAGUAACAGUCCAUUCCUUCGCCCGCGCUCACCUGCACUUCUGUUUCCGCGUCCGUCGUCCAUUACUUGUGCACAGAUAUCAAGAUGAGUAUUAAAUUGUUCGCAAUUUGUGUGACAACUAUCCUCUGUGUAGGAUAUGUUGCUGGUGAUUAUUGUUACAAUGAUGUUGUUGGUGCAUGCAGCCCAGUUGGAGGAGAAGUCCAAAACUGUAAUUCGAGAUAUGGAGCUUUCAAGGGUGAUGAAUUAUUGGUUAAUGUACAAGGCUAUGCCAACACACAUAUUUUGCGUAGUUUUCAAUUCUUGCUGAUGUCUUCUCAUUUUGGUAACUUUGAAAAGAACCGUGGGGGUUUUGAAAAGCUUUACAGACAAUUGUCUGACAAUACAUGGGAACAAGCAAUUGAUCUUGUGAAGUUUAUUGGUAAACGAGGAGGUCACAUGAACUUCCGCGCACGUAAAGACGAGAAGAAUGAAAAACAAAUUGAUUUUGAAAUGUAUGAGUUGGGAAGCAUGGCAAGAGCUUUGGAUAUGCAAAAAGGUUUGGCUGAAGAAGCACAUUUCAUUCAUGCUGAAGUCACUCGCAGAAAGGAACAUGAUCCAGAGGUUGCAUCAUAUUUGGAGAAUAACUUCGUACAUCAACAUUCUGAGAUCAUCAGAAAAUUGGCUGGUCACACCAACGAUUUGAAGAAAUUGAUUGGCAAUCAACCCGAUCCAAGCUUGUCCCUUUAUCUUUUUGAUGAAUAUUUGCAGAAAUCAUUAUAAAAUAAUUACACAUGACUUUUGUAUGCCAUUUAUUAUUAUACUUUUAAUCCCAAUAUUAUUUAGAACAAAACAAAUAAAACAUAAAAUAAUUUUAGUAAUUAAGGAAAGUAUUUAUAAUCUUGAUAAUUAUUUAUUAUAUCAUAAACAUACCUGAGUUGUCAUUUUUGGCAACUUAAUUUAUUAUUAUCAUUCAAUUGAACAAUUUAUUAUUAUUAUUUUGGAUAUUCAUGUACAUUGUACAACUCACUUUUAAAUAUAACAAAUAAUGAAUAUUACAUGUCUAUUGAGACUAUUAUAGUAUCUCCAUUAUGUGACAUUUUGUUUAUUUGAAUAAAGUAAUAUUUUGUAACCUUUA